UAGUAGUCCCUUAUAUUUAACAAAAACUAUAAAACAAUAUGAGCACAUUUCUUUGCCUUUGCCUUGUCCUCAUCUUCUUCUAUAUGGUCUCAUCUGCCACAUCCGCCACUCUUACGGUGAAUUGGUCCCUUGGCACCGACUACACCCCGCUUGCCAGCGCAAAGACCUUUGCCGUCGGCGAUACCAUCGUGUUUAGCUAUAGUGCGGGUCACACUGUAGACGAAGUGAGCGAGAAUGACUACAAGAGUUGUACUUUAGGGAACUCCAUUACCUCCGAUAGCAGCGGAACAACGACCAUAGCUCUCCAGACCACUGGUCCUCGCUAUUUCAUAUGUGGAAUCCCCGGCCAUUGCUCUACCGGUAUGAAGCUCGCCCUCACCGUCGCUUCAACCUCCUCAAACAGUGUAGGAGGCAGCACCACCACACCAACCCCUUUCACCGGAGGUGGUGGCACCACCACGCCAACCCCUUUCACGGGAGGCGGUGGUUACGUUCCCACGACCACACAGGCUAUUCCUUGUGGUGGUUGGGCCGUGUCCUCUCCAUUAUGGGCUUUGGUUGUGACUUGGGCCGUUUUGUUUUAUGCCUUGGAUUUGUCUUAGUUGAAAAUUUAUUGUAUGCGUGUGUUGUAGUGUUAGUUACCAAAAUGAUAAUACAUGUAGAAUUGUUCGUCUCUAAUU